AUGGAAACUUUUGAAAAGAAAUAUAAUUUUAGGAGUUAUACUAAAGGAAUCCGCCCAAUUCAGAAUUUGAUUCUACAACGGGUUCAUGAGGUUCGUACCUUUGAGAAUGGCAUGGCGACUUUUACUGUGAAGGAUAAGCCUGCAUCAUCGAUGUUUAGAAGUAAUAGGCCUUAUCAUGCCUACAAGAAGGAAAGCAUGGAAGUUAGCGAUUGUGAAUUUCCUCUGAAACAGCAUAUAAAACAACAUAUUGAAAACUGUCCCGUACAAGUGCUUAAGGAUGUCAAGGCAAACUCUCUUGGUGUACCUGUUGUUGUACCUAUUGUUAAUGGAAAAUUCAUUAUGCAAAAAAAAAAACCGACAAGAAAGGAUGAUGUUGCCUGA